AGAGAGAGAGAGAGAGAGAGAGAGAGAGAGGGGGGAGGGAGGGAGGAAACACAAGGCAACAAUACAGGAGGUUAGUAAUCAGCUUGGCGAGUUAGCAGCUUGUUUCCUGGAGUGAGUCGUCCCAGCUGAACACCGUGGAGAGAACAGGAACCAAUCAUCUCUUCCUGUGUGUGUGUCUGUCCAGACAGAGAAAAGUGGGAUAGCAGGAGCUAGUUUUUGGGAAGAAAGCUGGACCACAGAUCCUCUGCCAACUGAAAGAGGAGCAGCACCAGAAGCAGACAAGAAGAGAAACAUACCGUGGAGUAAUUGAAGAGAGCUUGCACCUGAUGGAAUGAGAAGAGACUGAAGACACACAAAGAAACUGAAAGAGAAAGUCAAGGAGAGAGAGAGAAAGAAAGACCCUUCUGGUUAAUCGAAUCAAGAUAAGACUCUUUCGGUGUUCUUCUCUGCUCUGCCAAGUGUGACAACCCUCCAUCUCCCCUCUUCACCUCCCCUCACCCUUCUCCCUCUCCUCCCCCUGUCCUCAUCUCACCUGAGAUGGGCCGGCUGCUGGCCCUGGUCUACCUGGUGUACCUGUCGACUGCAGUGAUUGGCUCAGAGAAGCAGCAGCACCGGGUGCAGCAUGGACCCUGCAGUUACACCUUCAUUCUCCCCGAGGUGGAACACUGCCAGCCCCUCAAAGACUUCCAGGUCACCAAUUCCCUCCAGAGGGAUUCCCCACCACCACCAGCCCCAGACCCAGGAUCGAGUCACCCUGAAGAGGCCAAAGCCCAGCCCGCUAGGUCCUCAUGGCAGGAGAGGAAGCUGGAGAGUCUGGAGAGCUCCACAGAGAAUAAUACACAAUGGUUGCAGAAGCUGGAGAGGUCCAUCCAGGAAAACCUGCGUUCUGCGAUGGAGGAGAUGAAGAGGAACGCUGUUCACACCCAGACGGCGGCCAUGUUGGAGAUCGGGACCAACCUCCUCAGCAAAUCAGCUGAGCAGACCCUCAAACUGACAGAUGUGGAGACCAAGGUGCUGAACCAGACCAGUAGAAUGGAGAUUCAGCUGUUAGAGUAUUCUCUGUUCACUAACCGUCUAGAGAAACACGUCCUCCAGCAGAAUCAGGAGAUCUCACGACUCAAUGAUAAAAGCAGUUCGCUAGAGCAAAGGUUCUCAGCUUUAGAGGCCAGGCACGUUAAGGAGCUCCAGGAUCUUCAGAGGGAGAAACAGCAGUUGCAGGACAUGCUGGAGAGACAGAGGCGCCUGGUCACCCAGCUAAACGGAGAGCUGGGGACCUCCACACACAACAGCACACUACUGCAGAAACAGCAGGCUGUACUGACUGACACCGUGCAGCAGCUGCUAGCCAUGGUCACCCACUGCAAUGAUAUACCCACUACACCCAAAGAGGAGCCAGUGAUCUACAGAAACUGUGCUGAAAUCUUCAGAUCUGGGCUCACAGAGAAUGGUGUCCACAGCAUACGACCCCCGAACUCUACCCACACAGUGAAGGUAAGGGGUUACGACCCCCCCAACUCUACCAACACAGUGAAGGUAAGGGGUUACGACCCACCAACUCUACCCACACAUGGUACACUAUGGUUCUGUAACCAGAAGUGGGUCCUGGUCAACAGUGGCACCCUGGGUCCUGGUCAACAGUGGUACACUCUGGUCAACAGGGUUCUGGUCAACCACUAUGGUUCCUGGUCAACAGUGAAGUGGAGGCUGGAAGCAUCGUCUUUUCCUGGAUGGAGGGAUUACAAGAUGGGUUUUGGGGAUCCCUCGGGAGAGUACUGGGCAGGAAAUGACCUCAUCCACCUGCUGACCAGCUCCCAAGAGUACAGUCUCCAGGUGCAGCUGAAGGAUGCUGAGGGGAACGAGGCCUACUCCCACUAUAAUCACUUCUACAUAGACGCAGAGAACAAAAACUACAGUCUCCAUGCCCAGGGGUUCAGUGGUACCGCCGGCCGCACCAGUAGUCUGACCCAGCAUGGGACCCAGUUCAGCACCAAGGACCGAGACAACGACCGCUGCUCCUGCAAGUGUGCCCAGAUGUCUUCUGGAGGUUGGUGGUUUGAGGCGUGUGGUCCCUCCAACCUGAACGGUAUCUACUACUCUGGCGUCUCCAAUGUGGUCCGUUACAACGGCAUCAAGUGGUACUACUGGAAGGGACCCAGCCUCAUGACUACAGUGACCACCAUGAUGGUUCGACCCGCAGGCUUCUGAGGCAUAACGGAGGCGAUCGCCGAUGACGUCACCCCGACUGACUGAAUCACAGACUGAUAUGAGCGCUUCUCGAAUAAUGAUGUUUGCCAGACACGUGGAAUAUGAUACUUGAGUGGAGGUUUUUAGAGGUUUUUAAUGUGUUUGAAAAGAACAGAUCUGUUAUUUUCUGAAAAAUGUGUUCCGUCUUAGAAACGUUUCCCGCUGAAAUGGCACACAGGCCACCGUAAAUGUGUGUUUUAGAAUGGGAUUGUACAUAUAUUGUAGAUGCAUAAUGGUAUAUUAUGGCUUACUGCUUCUCCACUUUCACUGUCCAGAAAACUUUAACAGCAAUUCUUCCUGACUGUUUUCCCGCUAUGCCACUCAGAGAUGCUUGUAAAACCCUUUUUUUAAGGAGAUAAUUAUAAAUAUAAGUGCAUGAUAAAUAAACACAGGUGUUUCUACAAGCAUA